AUGCCGACCCAGUUCAAAUCGACCUCAGAUCAGCCUGAAGUCACUCACAUCGCAGACAACAUGGCUGCCUCAAUAUCAAACUCAGAGGCAGUGAUCAACCCGAGUCCGCCGAAGCAGUCCGCAGAUGAUGCGCCGCGGCCAGACCGAGUAGAGGCAGUAGAGGCAGUACCGGAAGCAGUUCCUGAGCAAGCGCCUUCAGCCCCAGCAGAGACACCUGCCACCAACGGCAUCACAGAGCACGUCGCUGAAUUUGCGGAAAUCACUACUUCCGCAGUUCCUGACUCUCAACCUCAACCUUCUCUCGAAGACAUUUCUGCCGCACCUCCAGUCGCCACAUCAGCCUCCGACUCGAUCCUCACAGAAUCUUUUGUUCCAUCUUCCAUACCCGCUGAGAUCCAGUCGUCAGCAACACCUGUCGAAACCACUCAGUCCACCAUGGACAUCUCAGAACCCCCACCAGUUCCGGCUGAAGCGCCAGUGUCUGAUCUUCGAACCGCACCUCAUUCCGACGCGCUCCCACCUGAAGCCGUCGCGAAGGUCGAAGCUCAGAAACACGAACUGGACAAUUCGGCCGAUCUGCCCACCGCGCCUAAGGCCGAUAUCCCCGACACCUUACCUUACGUUGCGCCAUCAGUAGAUGUGACCGCAAACAACACUGGUCUUCCUUCGCCUCCCGCACAGUCGCCUCCUGCUGCGCCACAACCAGAGCCUGCGGUGUUGCCUGAGCAAGUCCCAGCUGUCGAACCAGUACCUGCAGUUGACACGCUGCCGCCAGCAGAGCCCGAAGAACCGGCGCCGACACCAGCUGUACCCACGACAAGCGAAUCCGCGGACCAAAUCAUGACCGAUGCGCCUGCCCCCUCCACCAAACCGGUCCAUGAGCGCGAAGAAGACGGCGACGAUGUGGAGCGUGCUUCGAAGCGUGUCAAGACUGACGAGCCACAAUCAGCAAUCGAGGAGCCCCAUUUCAAAGUUCCAGAAGUUCCCGCCGCCUCACCGCCUGCACUUGCAAACGGCGAGAACGCUGUGUCCGCAACGAUCACAGAAGACGGCGAUGACACCGUCACCCCAGCGCGCUUGGCUCACAUGAAGAAAGUCAUCUCGAACCUGAAGAAGAGCAAUGCCUCGGCUAAUUUCAGACUUCCGGUCGAUUAUGUCAGUCUGAAUAUUCCGACCUACCCCUUAGUUAUCAAGCAUCCGAUGGACUUGGGCACGAUCGACAACCGACUGAAGCGAAACGAGUACAACUCGGUUUCUGCGUUUGUGGCCGAUUUCGAAUUGAUUAUCAGCAAUUGCUACACAUUCAAUGGCAUCGAACACGGAGUGUCGCAACAAGCGAGAAAGAUGAAGCAGUCCUUCGACAGUCAGAUGAGGAAUUUGCCCAAGGCGAGCAUUGAAGAGCCGUCCAAAGAGGUGAAGAAAGCGGCCAGAAAAUCAGAGCCAACUCGAACGGCACCUCCACGCCGACCGUCCGUAAGCACUUCUACAGUGACUGUUGGUUCUGCCGGGUCACCUGUGUCAGCGGCUCCAUCCACUCCCGCGUUCGCCCUCAACCCUGAUGGUAUGCCUCUCAUUCGGCGCGACUCGAGCAUCACAGAUGGGAGACCGAAACGAGCCAUUGUUCCAACCAAACGCAAUUCGGAAUUCGGAGCCGGAAGGCCGAGAAAGAAGAAGUACGAGUUGCAAUUGAAGUUCUGCGAAGAAGUUCUGAAAGACCUCAUGUCUGCGAAGAACUGGCAGGCAAAUCAGUAUUUCAUGGACCCAGUCGAUCCGGUCGCGUUGAACAUUCCCACCUAUUUCCAGAUCAUCAAGAAACCCAUGGAUCUGAAGACGGUCAAACAGAAGCUCCAGAACAACGAAUACGAGAGAGCGAAGGAUUUCGAGGAAGAUGUCCGUCAGAUCUUCAAGAACUGCUUCAAGUUCAAUCCCGAAGGCGACUUGGUCAACAACUCGGGGCAUGCGUUAGAGGCGUUGUUCAACAGCAAGUGGGCGACAAAAGACGAGUGGCUCUCUGCCCGAGAACCGGCAUCUGUUACGCAAUCGGAUGCAGACGAGGAUGAGGACGACGAGGAAGAAGAAAGCGAAGAUGAGGGGAAUGAAAGUGAAGAGGACCGCAGCGAACAGAUCAAGCUAUUGCAGAAACAGAUUGAGGCCUUAUCGAAACAGGCGACCGAGUUGAGCCAGAAGAGCAAGAAGUCCAAGUCACCCAAGGCCGGAAAGAAGAAGGACAAGACGAAGGUCAAGAAGGAGAAAUUGGAAGCACCGGCGCCGAAAGCCAGCAAGGACAAGAAAGAGACCAAGAAGAAGUCGGCUAAGAAACCCGAAAAGGAGCGCUACGUGACGUUUGCUGAGAAGCAGUACAUUUCCAAUGGGAUAGCGAUGCUACCAGAGAAGCAGAUGCAAGAGGCCCUUCGCAUCAUUCAGCAGAGUGUACCAUCCCUGGCCAACAGCGACCAGAGCGAGAUUGAGCUGGACAUCGAGGAGGUGCCCAAUAGCGCCCUCCUGAAAUUGCUCGGCUUUGUCAAGAAAUACGCUGGACCCCCUCCCGAUGAGCCGAAAGCCGAACCAACUGAGACCUACCAUGCACCGGCCACCUCGAAGAGCAAGAAGAGCAAGCCGAUGAGCAAGCAUGAGCAGGAGGCGCAGAUUGAGGAGCUGAAGGGUAAGCUGGGAGCGUACGUCGGACCAAUUUCACCGAAUGCGGUGCCCAGUAUUGAGACUGGCGAUAGCAGUGACGAUGAUGACAGCGGCGAAGAGAGCGAAGAGGAAUAG